GCAAUGCUAUGCAUUAUUUCGCCGUGUAUGUACAAACAAACAGAGACAGUCAGCACGAAGUUGAGUGUACAUUUAUUCCUCAUUUAACUUCAUUUUAAACAGCAUGUCACUACUCCUAAUCUUGUGACAUAAACAGAGCUUACUAGCUAGCCUUUCAUUAUGAAUGGUCAUGGAGAGACGCUGGCUAGCCGUAGAAGGCCACCCAUUGGACCAGGGGCCAUCAGGAAGAAGAGUAUCCCUAAUAAUGUAACCAUCGACAAACCACCACCAAUAGGUCCACUGAAACUUGCCAGGCAGCUUUCAACCAGUCAGCCAAAAUUAGAGGGGAGUGAAAGGAGAGGAUCUUUUGAUAGUAUCCUUAUAGAUGGACGUGCUAGAUCAAAUAGUUUAGCCAAACUCACAGACUUAAAGAGGAAUCUUAGUGCCAGUAACCUUGCUGCAUUAUCUGACAGCAACCUUUCUGUACAGGAAGCUGAACUGCCAAGGAGCUACGAUGCGCCUAAUACAACAGGAUCUAAAGCAAAGCAUUACUUAGAACAACUUAUCAAGAGAUAUUACUACCAGCUUACUGAUGGAUGUGGGAGAUCAGAAUGUAGGAACAAGUUCUGCCAUUCUUCUAAAGAUGCAAUCUGGAUGACUGCUGACGUAGCUGCCAUCAUCAGCAUUCAACUUGCCUCUAGUCAAAGAUUAUACUUCUGUAGUUCAGAGAAGUUUGUCGGCCGCGCCUUGCCAGAAGAUGUCUUCCAGACCAAAAACGGUAAAGUCAAGUCUUUCCUUCAGACCCUCUAUUCCUCGUCACCUUUUGCCACUCUCUUCAAAGACGUACCUCAGUCAGAGUCUUUCCCAAUCGCUACCGGCGAUGAUUCUACCGACUCUAGCAAGAAAGUACCAAGUAGAAGACAUUCCAAAUCAGAUCUUGAGAAACUGGUCGGUGGGAAGAACAUCUCUGCGUCACUAGCCAAGAAUGGACUCACUGAGAAGCUUAGGCGUAAACCGCCGACGGGAAGACAAUCGUCGUCUACCACCAAUCUACCUCCGAGCGGAAGACUGCCGGGAGCAAGAUCAGGGUCGAAUCCUUCCUUGCUGGCCCAGAGGACGGGGUCACUGGGGAAGCUUGUCAGAGGUCAGAGGGAAGGAGGGGUCAGACGAGGAGGGGAGGUGCUUCGAUGGGGAAGUGAUCAUAGCUUACAGACGGGAGAUGCUACAGAUAUGCCAUGGGUUGAUGUGUCUUCCAGCAGAAAUAGGAAUGGUCACAUGACUGGAUCAGGUGAUGAUGUCAGUCAAAGUCUGAUGUCAAGAUCUAACUCGAGUCUACGGAGGAACUCUGGAAGGUCAAUGAACUUUGAGGGUGGGCUUCAUUCACAUAGCCUUGGCUCCAGCCAGGAGAAUUUGAGCCUACGUGGUAGCUAUGACAAUUUAGUCAACCUUCAUUAUAGAUCCAGAACUAGCCCAAUGGGAAGCAUGGUCAACAGCCUCCAGAUGAACUCUAGUGGCUCCGCCCUGAGCCUUACCUCUGGGCGUGGCCCCUCUUCCCUCUCCUCCAAUCAACUGUCCUCUCUUAGUCCUGUAGCUAGUCCUAAUAAUAGUCCUAUCUUCAGUCCGGCUCCAAGUCCCAUGAGGCUCCUCUCUGACCAGGAAGCACUUGAAGAGACCGAUGACCUCCGGGAGUUUGAGAGGUCUCUUUCCCUGGAGAUAGCCCUGGAUACUGGCCAGGAAUUUGCUCUUACUCACCUUACUCUGAAUAUGCUGCAGAGUAUUAUUGAUCAAUACAAGGAGUGUGGAGACGAUGCCUUCCUACUCAAUACAAUACGUACAGUCUUCAUGUCAGAUGUCGCUCUCAAUUCAAGCUUCAGGGUAGAAGAGAAUAAUCCCUACAGCCAGCUGGACCUAGCAGCAGUAAGAACAGCAUACAAUCUCCUAUGGGACCAACAUCCGAGAGAUAGAUUCAUGACAUGCCUUGCAAAUGCCAUUGAGAUACUACUCAAGAAGCUAGACCAAUCCUUGGUACAGCCACAUGGUAUUAACCAGCUUUUGAUCAUUCUGGAGUGCCCGAUUAUGGAGCUCAACUUUGAGUUGGUCCAGGUCCUGUGUAGGAUCCUAGCCAAGCGCCUGGUCCCUGGUGCUAGGACUAAUCUGAUCCAGUCCCUGCUUCAUUUGGAGAAAGACCGCUUCCAGAGACUCCUGAAGAUCCUGAAAGCUCAUAUGGUGUCCAUCAUGAGGCCCAGGGAAGGUGCAUCGGAAGGAAUGAUUCAUGUUGCCAUGACAAUGCAGAUUCUAUACGAAGCGAAUCAAAUCUCAUUGGAACAUGGUUCAAGUAUUGGUCUUGCACAGUUAGAAGAUUUCUACUGUCAUCAGCUCUCAAGGGAUCUUGACUAUCAGACAGAAUACCAUCGAUGGCAGCAUAAUGCAGGGCUCCCUCUACAGUCCUGUAAAGAUGAAUGCUCCUCCAAUCCACCGAUAUCAUCUCUACUUGAUUUCCCAUUCUUAUUGGAUCCAGCUUCUAAAGUCCAUGUGUUACACCUUGAUGCUGUGGUUCAGAUGAGAAGAGAGUAUCAGGUGGCCAUUCUACAUCAGGCGCGAGUAAACCAAGCUCAGAAAUAUUUGAAGGAUGGAAGACGUUUCACCCCGAACCUCAAGGAUUCCAUCAAGGCUGCCAUGUGUCCAUUCCUAGUCCUGGAAAUCAGAAGGGAUUACCUGAUCAGUGAUACCCUAGCUCAGAUAAGACUCAAGAAGAAUGAUCUCAAGAAACCACUCAAGAUCAAGUAUAUCGGAGGAGGGGAACAGGGUCUUGACAUGGGUGGACUUCAGAAGGAAUUCUUUCAGCUUAUCUCUGAAGCAGUCUUUAAUCCAAGCUAUGGCAUGUUUGUUAGCUCAGAGGAGAACAGGACUAUAUGGAUCAAUGGUUCUGAAGGCUCAGCUGAUUCUGAUGAUGAGUUUGAGUUGGUAGGCACCCUUCUAGGCCUAGCCAUCUACAACGGUAUCAUCUUGGAUUGUAACUUCCCUAUGGCCAUCUACAAGAAGCUUCAUGAGGAUGCUCUGACCAUCGAUGACCUGAUAAGGGUACAACCAUCCCUGGGGCGCGGCAUCAAAGAGAUGCUGGAGUACGAGGGUGAUGAUGUGGAGGAUGUCUUCUGUCAAACAUUCCAGGUGUCUCAUUCUUCAAUGGGUGAUGUAUUAACCAUUGAUUUGGUUCUGAAUGGCUCUAAUAUUCCAGUAACAAACCAGAAUCGAGAGGAGUAUGCUCGAUUAUAUGUGCAGCAUUUAUUAGUAGAUAGUAUUUCAAGACAGUUUGAGGCCUUUGCGAGAGGAUUUCAUAGCAUCUGUGGAGGUUCAGCCCUACAGUUGUUUCAACCCUCAGAGAUUGAGCUUCUUAUAUGUGGUAGUCCUGAUCUAGACUUUCAUGCUCUAGAAGCGUCUGCUACCUAUGAAGAUGGCUUCUCAAGGAAACACCCAAUUGUGCUGUCCUUUUGGAGGCUAGUUCAUUCCAUUAAUAAUGAUCAGAAGAAGAAACUACUUAACUUCAUCACUGGGAGUGAUAGGGUUCCUCUGAAGGGCCUGUCCAGCCUGCCAAUUGUCAUACAAAGGAACGGUCCUGACUCUGAGCGCCUUCCCACGGCCAUGACAUGCUUCAACCGUUUACUACUACCAGAGUACAAAGAUGAGAAGAAACUAAUAGAAAGGCUUCUUGUGGCUGUUGAGUAUGGCAAGGGAUUUGGACUUACAUAGUGAUGUAUUACUGGUCCUGACUCUGAGUGCGUUCCCACAGCCAUGAUACUGCUGGGAAGCGAGCAGAAAGAAUGUCAAGAUGCAGACCAUAUGUUGCUGCCCAUUAUUAAGGACCUUUACAGAUUGACUACUGAAGUCUGUAAUUAAUAAUGAACACCUCAAAUUCGGAAAAGGCCUUAUUGUUUUAUAUUAACAGGUACUUAAUUAAUCUUAUAAAUUGUGUGUGUAUUUAAACAUAAAGAGAAAAGGAAAGAUACUGGGUCAGGGAAUUGCAUAAAGAUCUCACUGGCAUAUACACUUAUACAGAGGAAAUUAUUUUCAAGUUACAACAUCAUUAUUACUAUUAUUCAGGUCAGGUGGUAUGCACAUUUCUCAAUUUUUUUACUUAGAAUAAGAUGCAACAGUCAUUGAUUUUUUAUAUAUGAUUAGGAAAGUUUUAUAUUUUGAUAAUGAUACCAAUGCUGCAAACAGUAAGGUAAAGAUGAUUUUGAUCUUGGCCAGUAUUCAAAUUGAUACUUAAGCCAGAAUUUUAAGUAUUUUACUUAGUAUUUUGCCGAAGUAAAAUACUUAUCCAUCUUUGGUAUUUAGUUGCAUUUUGGGGCUAAGUAUUUUGCUUGAAUCUAAGUCAACUGCCUAUCAGACUUGGCUUGUGCAGUUUACAAACGUGAUAUGCUCAGUUAUACAUUCUGCGCACAGAUGGAUACAUACAUUGCCCGUAUUUGGCUCAAACUUAAUAACGUCACAAUGGUUAUUAGUAAGUUAAAUACUUAGAUGUGGUCUGAAUACCAGUUUAAGCAUUUUACCAAGUAAAAUGCUAAUUAAAGUACUUUCAAAAUCAAUACUUUCAGAUGAAUACCAGCCCUGUUUAAUAUGACAUAUGUAUGAAUGAUACUACUCCAUAUUGUGCUCUUUAUUUCAUCCAGGGUAUUAAGACACAGUCAUGUCUUCACUAGUUGACCUUCAAUAUGUUGAAUAAUAACCUGUGUUGAAGCGAUUUCUUAAACCAUAUAAUGCAAAAUUCAAUCCAGAGCCAUCCUUCCGUAUUUGUCAAAUAAUCAGUUGAGUCAAAGCAGUUUUUCAGACCUUGUGGUUUUUC